CCAGCGCCGGAACAGGCGCUACACUGCUCCCAACUAUCCCCUGGUGCGUCCCUCUUGUGACAGCGAUGAGGCUGCGGGCAGUUUUCUGCCUCUGGGUGGCUGUUUGCUGGUUCGGAAGAAACCCAGCGGACGCUCGGCCAGGCAACACCUGCGUGCCCACUUGCGCUGGUACCAAUCAACUGAAUUACCAGAAAGGUUUCCGGUACACUUACAAAUACACGACUGCCACAAACAGCUUCUUGCAGGGAAGUGUACGUGAGAGCAGUGGACUCACAGUAGAAUGUUUAGUCAUUAUCGAUGUUCUUCACAAGUGUCACCAUGUCUUAACACUUAGAAAUACAGAGAUUAAAGGCUCGAUGUCAAAUGACGUGGAACUUCUCCCAGGUCAGGAAAAGCUAAGAGCUUCCCUGGAGAAACACCCACUUCAGUAUUCAUUCCAAGAUGGCUUAAUCCCUGAGAUCUGUCCUUCAGACAGUGAAGAAAGUUGGGCCCUGAACUUUAAGCGAGGCAUUCUCAGUGUUCUCCAGGAUUCUUAUGCAGCAAAUAAACAGCAGACGGUUGAGGAGGUGGAUAUUUCAGGAAAAUGUUUGUCUACAUAUAAGGUGCAAGGUUCCCUCCUUACAAAGUCUAAAGACCUGAACCGUUGUUCGUUACGUGCUACAGCUGUCACUUCAUUGCAGUCAGUACUUCUACCUGAUUCUGCAUCCCACCAACAGAUCUUGGAUUCACAGCUGGAAUGUGUACAGAGCUACAAUGAUGGCACCAUUGAAAUGACCAUUUGCAAUGAGUCAAAUGUCUUUCAGCCUUUCUCCAAAGGAAGAAAAGGGGCAAAGACAGAAAUUCUCACCACACUGAAAUUUUUAAAGAUGGAGGAAGCGGUAUUCACGCCCAGAGCGGAACUGAAGGCAUUCCACCGCAGCACUCUGCUGUUUGAGAGAGAGGGUGGAGAAGAUAAAAAGACAGGAUCCUCGAGUGCGGAGCAAGUCGCAGAGUUAGUGAGGCAGCUCUGCAUUAUCAAAGGCAUGACCUUCGAGUCUGCAGAUCUCUUCAUGUCCCUGGUGUUUGACCUCCGGAGUCUUUCCAUAGGAACUCUCCGAGACCUGUGGCAACGGGCGCUGUUCAAAUGCAGAGACAACUGGCAGCCUCUGGUGGACACUCUCCCAGCCUGUGGAACUGAAGCAUGUGUCAGCUUCAUAACAGAGAUUGUCCUGUCCAAAGAGCUGGAUAGCGAUCGAACAGACACCUUUCUCUGGUCUUUGGCAUUCAUUCCUGAACCAACAAUACCAAUGAUUGCUACAGUUACUGCCCUGCUGAGAUCACCCGACACACGCACACAGGCCUUUCUUGGAAUUUCUUCACUGGUUCAUAACUUUUGUUCAAUGCGCAAUCGUUGUCAAGCAGUCCCAGAGGUGCAGGAGUUCAUGAAGAUCCUCGAAAAUUAUGUACAGGGAAACUGCCGAGCGCGGGAUCCUGAGAGAAAGGAGAAGGUGCUGUUGUCCCUGAAAGCAAUUGGAAAUGCUGGUCUGGCUGCCACAGCCCAGAUCCCAGUAUUGAAUAAAUGUCUACAGGCAAAAUCCAGUCUGCUGGAAGUGCGGCUUGCAGCUAUUAGUGCUUUCAGACGCAUUCCCUGUGAAGCUGAUCGCACUGUGUUAAGACAGCUAUACCAAACAGUGAAUGAAGAUGUCGAACUCCGAAUUGCGUCUUACUACAUGUUAAUGAAAUGUCCCAGUGAGCAGCUAUUUGAUACAGUGGCAGUGACUCUACACAAUGAAAGAUCCAGUCAAGUCGGCUCAUUUGUAUGGACCCAUCUGUCACAGCUAUUGGAAACUAAUGACCCUCUCAAGCAGCAGAUUAAGAAAAGUCUUCCAAAUGACAUUGUCACUAAAGAUUUUGACCUAGAACACUGGAAAUAUUCAUCUUAUGUGGAUGCCACCUUCCAAUCAGAAACAUCCUCUGUUGGGGCAAAUGCAGAAGCAGCCCUUGUUUUCUCUCCCAAGUCCUUCAUGCCACGCUCUGCAAUGGCAAAUUUGACCGUAUUUGUGAUGGGCUACGCUGUCAACCUCCUUGAGGUCAGCAUUCGACUUGAAAAUGCUGAAUACCUGGUGCAGAAGAUGUUUGGUCACAAACAAGCUCCUUUGAUGGAUGUUCCCAAGGGCAUGAAAAAUUCCGGGAAGAAAUGGAGGAUGAGAAAUCCACUGAAGUCUUCUGUUCAGUCUGUGGAGAAGCUGGGAGCCGGACGGAGGCACUCACUCAGGAAGCUUUCUGCAGCGAGGCAGCAGGUGGAGAAACCCAGGCUUCGAAAGGCUAAACAGAGCUGCCACAACGUGGACUACAGUGGAAUUUAUGAACUUGAGGCCAAAUUUACAAAACGGAUGGCAAAGAAGAAGAAGAAGCUGUCAUGUGGCCUGAGCAUGAAGAUAUUUGGAAAUGAGCUCAGCUUUUUAGACUGCAGCGAUGUGAGGACGCAGAUAAAGCAAUAUUCCCUAGACAUGGCAGAAAUUGCCAUCAAACUAUUAAAGGGUCAGGAAGUUCAGUAUAACAGAAGGAUCAGUCUAGCUACAGAGGAAUUGACGUUUUCGUCCAUCUCAGGCCUCCCUCUCAGGCUUGCUGUAAACGCAUCAGCUGCCACAAACAUUAAAAUUAAAGGGAACAUCGAUGUUAAGCAACGGACAGACUUUAUCAUCACUGGUUUCGUCAAACCAAGUGCUCACGUUCAUGUGUCUGUCCACAUGGGAGUUGAUGGGGCAAUUGGUAAGGCUGGUUUGGAGUGGGUGGCAGGAAUGAGAACAUUGACGAGCCUUGAUGGUGGAAUCCAGUUAAAAAAAGGACAAGACUUGAAAAUCUUCCUGAACACACCACAGGAGACUAUGGAGAUCAUUGAUAUCAGCUCAAGACUUUACACAACAAAUCCAAAUCGCAAGGAGGAAAUGAUUGGGUCCUUUGAUCGAAGGGAAGCAAGAACCUGCAGUGAAGAUGAAGUCUCCAGACAAAUUGGAUGGCAGAUUUGUUCCGAAAUGUCCUAUCCAUUGGGAACCUCUGGCCCUGCGUUUCCGCUCUCUGGCCCUGCUGAAGCUUCUGUCAUGUUAAUAAAGCGGGACAGAGGACUACAGCAAUAUCUGCUAGAGGCAGCGUACUCCUACGUUCCUCAGAAGAAUAGCUGGUUCCCGGCCGAGGCUGCGCUGCACUUUUUUAUGGGAACCCCGCAGUCCAUCGUGAACAGGGAUGUAGCUGUUGACUUUCAGCUGAACUACUCAACGCGAAAACUAUCAGCAAAAAUUAUUCACCCAAAGCGAAAGAUAAAAAUAGAUGGAGAGAUUACAAAAAUGAAACACUCCCGCACAGGACAGCUGGAAAUCCUCAUAGACGACAAAGACUUGUAUUAUAUUAAGGGAUGGACAAACUUGCAAAGUCUUGAUGGAGAGCAGAUGUUCUCCUCCCAGCUGGAAGCCAAACUCUCAAAACAUGGGAGCCCCAUGAUACUGUCUGGCAAUGUGACCAGAGUCCCUGGACAGAAAAUUGCAUUUUUUGUAUCACUGAACAAUGUAAUGCAAGAAACAGCUACUGUGUCAGUUCGUCUGGAGCAAAAGGUUGAUGAGAAACAGAGGCAGUAUACAAUAGAGGCAGAUACCUACCUACCACGCAUAGUGGGAUGCCAGAUCAUUGGCUUUGUGCAGCAAAGAGGAUCCACCUGGUCCUCCACACUACGAGGAAAAUAUGGCCUCUUUGAUGAUGCUCUGAAUCUUCGGCAUGAGUGCAACAUGGCUCAGAAGAUGAAGAGAGAGACGAGCCCUAUGGAAACACACAAACUCCAAGUACAACAUGAAUUUCACUGUACCCAGAUUACAUCCUAUAACCACAAGCUUCACCUACAACAUGAGGAGAGUGAGUCACGGACGCACACGCAGCUUGCAAUCAACUACGGAAAGCACUGGGAUGAGAUUAAUAACAGGAAGAAGAUUUUUAUCACACAGCUCUUCAAGAAUGACUCCAGCCCAAGUCUAACAAACUACUUCAUGGAGUUCACCUUGCAAAUUCCAGAGAAGCAAAUUAACUACAAGACACAACUGCAGCAUUCUCAUUCUCUGGAGGGCUACACUGAAAGCAACACACAUGCCAAAGUGCUGUACAAUGACAAGAUCCCAUUCCAGGCAGGAAUUCAGUGGAAGGAUACAUCAAAACCUAACCUAAAGAAGUGGGAAGGUUCAUUGAAGCUAGAUACGCCUUGGCUGUACCUUCAUACUUUGCAUAAGCUGAAUCAGCCUCACAUUCGUGCUUACCAAGCAAGUGUGGAAAUAACAGCAGCAAAAGCCGUAUCUGUGAAGAAUUUGGUCAUCUACACGUACUAUAAAAACAAAGGCAAUAAAAUGGAAGGAAGGAUCCAUAUUCACACACCCAGCACCACUUACUUAAAGGCAUCGACUUUUGGGCACAUUACAGAGAGUUCAUUCAGGAGCCACAGUGAGAUUGUCUCCCUUUGGAACCAUCCCAUUAAGAACAAAAUCCUUGUGGAAAGUAAAGAGAAACUGAAAUCUGCCUCGUUUUGGCUAAAGCAUCAGAAGAAGGAAUUUAAUUUCACGGCUAACUACACAAGCAGAGAGGAGCCAAAGAAGAAAAGGAGCAUCGCAGUGAUGGCUCUUUGGACAGACAAUAAAAGCCCACCUUUGAUAGUGCAGUUGAAUGGACAAAUCGAAGAAUUGAAGAGGGAGAAGAUGUUGUUCCAGAACCGUGCACUAAUUCAAUUUAGACACCCUUUCAAGCUGCCGGUACCAGAGAACAUCCUCCUACAGGAGACUUUCACCGUGGACAAGAGGAAGAAACACUACGUUUUGGAAGUGAAAGCCUUGGUGAAUGAGAAAGAUGAAACAAUUCACACGCUGAUCCUUGGAUACCAGCCUGAGAAACCUUAUAUCUGUGUCGCUUUAGCUCACCCUUAUAAUGGUGAAGUUAUUCCAAAGAACAUGGAUGUUUGUGUGAGGACAAAGACAGACCACGUGGCAACAUUUGAGGCAGAAGCAACAGUGAGAAUCAACAAAAGAGAUACCAUAAAGUUCCACGGACAAUAUCAGAAUAAAUCCACAGAUACGGAUUGCUGGCAUGUGGUGCAUUUUGAUGCAGACCACAGUCUUCAGAUACGAGUUCCUCACACUGUAACCCUGGAUGGGGAGUUGUUCACAAUGCAGAACAAGAAUGAGAUUUUCAACUAUGGAGCAAAUUGCAAAUUUACCAUCAAUAAGCUGGAUACAUCACAGUUUUCGAUUCAGGUGAAUGGCUCCUCAAAUCAGUUGAGAGUUUAUUCCCAGUUCAGCCAUCCAUACCAGUCAACAAUACCGUACACUUUCCAGACCUAUGCAACAGGGAAGAAUUAUGGAGAAAGCAACUAUAAUGGUACAUUCUACCUGCACUCUAAUGGCAAAGAUCUUGUGGUAACGGAGUUUGAUGUCGUGAAUGAAAGGAAAAAGAAUGUCAGAAUUCUGGGUAUUAGAGCUGUCUUACACCAGAGCUUUCUGACUGGGCCAGAGAACAGCCAAUUGCAAAUAACUGCAAAAUCAUACCAUUCAAGAUGUUUGGUGGUUUCCAGUCUGCAGUUCGAUGGGAAAGCUUUUGCAUUAGACAUGAUGGGACUAAAAGAGCACCAAGGUGGCCUGAUGUUAUCAAUGUCUGGUACUGUCCAACAUAAUAUGAACGCUGGGCAGUUAAUUCCACAAUACCUGCAUGUCGAUGCAACAUUAAAACAGCAAAUCAAUACCAACGAAGGUAACCUGAAUAUUGAAAUUGAUGACGUCCUGUACAGGCUACAGUUUCAAAAUAACAACACUUUUGGUGACAGUUCUGCCAAUGACUUGAUUGUCACCUUCAUGCAAAAUGGCAGUCUAACCUUCCCAGCAAUGGCUGAGUUUCAAGGUCACUUAGAGCUGGGUGAAGAAUCGAGAGUGGGACAGGCCUGUUGGCAGACCAAUGAUAAGUCGAUAUGCUUCCAGCUUUUACAGCUCACCAAAGCAAACCAGACCAAGGUCACUGGGAAAGUGAGCCACAACCUAGAAGAAUUGAUCACCACAGGUUUACCAGCUGACGGGAGACUCUCUCUGAAUUAUGAUCAUGUGAAUAAGAACCGUGCCGUUAUGAUUGAAAUGCAAAGUGGCAGUAAACACUUACAGGCUUCUGUCGAAAUGGAGAGAACAUUUACUGGUACCCCGACCUACCAGCUAACUACCAAUCUGCUGCACAGUUUGGAGGAACUGAGACAACUUGGUCUUCCAUUCUCAUCCACUGGAAGCUAUCAUUAUCAGAACCUCAGGAAUGGAUACAUUGCUAAUAUAAGUGUGAGACUGGAGAAACAGCACCUCCAAGCAGAGAUAGAACAGAAGAGCACUGCAAGAACAGGGGAGAUAUUCCUGUUGUUUAACCACAACAUAGAGGCAUUGUCUAACAGGAUACCAGGAACCAUUCAGGCAAACUGCAGUGGAGAAGCUUCUCAAAGGCUGCUUCUGGGACACUGUUCUGGAGCAGUGGCAGGCAAAUCCUUCGAGAGUGUACUGCCGGCAAGUUUCUCACUAAAUGGGACACUGAGGACAGACGGGUGUGAAGCAGACUUUACCGGCCACCUUCAGAUGGACAAUGAGUUUGCGCAGCUUGAAUGGCAGACUAUAUGGAGCCCAAUUCCCAGCAUAGACAUUGGUUUCAGGCACUCUAUUCCUUCCAUACUGACUGUGGGCAUCCCAAAGGACAACAGACUGCUGAUCCGAACAGGCAAAGGGACGAGACAUGAGGCCUCUGUUGAGUUUACCAUUGGCGAAUGCAGCUUACGAGCUGUCGGCGAUGUCAAAACCUCUGGCAACAGAAAAGGAGGGGGUGGAGCUUCAUGGUCAGCAUCUCUCCUGAACAGAUGCCUUAUCCUCGAGAGAGCGGGAAUCCCGCAAAAUCUGGACACAAUUGGCUCCUUGAACAUCGUCAGCUGCAACGUUGCAUUCAGAAUGAAUGUGCUGAAUGAUGGUGAGACAGCAGAAUUGCAUCUGGAGACGUCCUGUGAUCCCAAGUACACGGUGAAGGGCGUGUUCAAGCACAGUGUCCCUCGGCUGAGUGAACAGGGUGUCCCCAGAGAAAGCCAAAUCCUACUGAUGGCUGCAAAGGCCGCAAACAUGGAAGGCUCCAUCCUGCUGCAGUCUGGGAAUUGCAGAAUCCGGGCUGAUGGUAAUUUAAACUCUGGACCGAAAGCAGAGUGGACGUGGAUGACCGAAACGGAUUGCCAGAUAUUACAGAAUUUUAAAAUUCCAGCUCAGUCACAUUGUAAUGGAUCCAUAUACAUCGAAGAUUGUAAAGCAGAAUUUCUAACCAAUAUCCAGCUGGAAGACCACACUGCUCUCCUGGAGAUAAAUUCAGAAUGUGAUCCGAAAGUUAAUAUAGAGGUCAUAUUUCAGCACCAACUUCCAAUGCUAAAGGGGAUUCCAGCAAACAACAAACUCUUAUUUACAGCAGAAAAAAAGCAAAAAUCUGAGUUUGAAUUAGAUUUAUUGAUUGGAACUUGUAAUCUUCUGGCAAAUGGAGCUCUUCAAAUGAAAAAUAAAACAGAGUUAAACUUUUUGAUAAACAACAAAUGUAAGAAGCUGCAGGAUCUAGGAGUACCGCUGAAAAUUGAUGGAUCAGGUUAUAUUGUGAUAAAUGGAGUUAACUUUGACUCACAACUACAGAUCAACAUUGAUCAGACUAAACUAGAAGGUUUGCUCACUCUGAAAGCUGGUGCUAAUAAGCACGAGAUUAAUGCCUCAUUGUUUCACACCAUUGAUGGUGCCUCACGGCUUGGAAUUCCAGGAAACACAGUUGUCGCUUUAACAGCUGAGAAAGAGGGUGAUACGUACAGGCGGUCCAUCCGAUUUAUUGUCGAUGGCAAGCAGGUCAUUGGAGAAAUGACUUUCAUUCACAAGCCACAGCAUAUCUCCUUGAACUAUAAACUUACUCAUAAUAUUGAGAUGCUGAAGAUCCUAUUCGUAGAUAAAAACACUGAUAUACAGGUAAAUGCAGAUAUCCAGGGACAUGCUCCUAAUCUCGAGGGAUCAGUUCGAAUCAUUGUGGAUGGUGAGAAGUCCAUUGCAUAUGCAUUCAACACCUACUCAAACGAAGAACAUUUUAAAUUUAUCAUCAGGAACAAUCACAACAGCGAAAGCUUAGCGACUGCUGGAUAUCCAAAGGAGAUUGUGCUUUUGUUAAUUGCACAAAGAACUGAUGCCAAAGUGAGUGCAGUGUUUGACGUUCAAUGUGAUGCCAAGAAUAUGAAGUUAAGUUUCGAUGCACCCAGACAGUUUGAACUGGCAAUUGUUGCUGAAUUUAAAGUGGAAAUUCAGCAUCGGAUCCCCUUCAUCAAGCAGCUUGGUGUACCUUUCAGCAUCAAGGCUGUUUGCAAUGGUAUGCUGAAAGACACUGCUGUGGAUGCAUCAUUGAAGCUGACAUAUGAACCAGCUGCCAACGUGAUAUUGCAUGUGGAGGGAAUAAACCAACAUUACAAUAAGGAGUUGCAGUUCAUCGCUUUGCAGAAUAUCCCUACUCUCCAGAGCCUUCCCCAAGCAGUAGAAAUCUCAACCAAAACUAAUUACACUGAGAAUAUGAUCAAAGGAACUCUGAAUGCCAUGUUGGAUGGAAAGAAACUGGAUGCUUUCACCAUUGUAACUAUUGGUAAUUCCAGUUAUGGUGAAGUAUUGGAGAUGACCCACACGUUCACACAGUUGAAAAUAAUUCCUAAACAAUUGGUCUGUAACACAGUUUAUCAAAGGAUUGGCCGAACCUACAAGCUCAGUCACAAUUCCACAUGGGAGGACAAAGAACUGAGAUUUUUCGGGAACUACAGUGGACCCUUCCCAAAGAUAUUUGGGCGUCAUGAAACCCAUGUGAGCUUUCUCCACCCGUUUGCUAUCCCAUUGCCUCAUCAAUCGCAGCUCAGAAUGAGCCUGUCUCAUUCUCUCCUCAGUCACCAGGAUGAUGUUGUAAUUAACUGGAACAACAAAGAUCAGGUGGUUCUACUAGCUUCUCUGAAUUUGGAUAAAGACCGACUGGACAGUGGAGUCCACCUCCAGCAUCCAUUCAAACUUUCUUUGAAGAAGUUUGAACUACAGUGUCUUUCUGAAAGAAAAGAACAUAAAUACAAUCAAAAGGCCCAUGUUUCCUGGAAUGGAGGCCAACCCGUUGAUCUUAAAUUCACAUUAGAAUACGCUUUGGAAAGCAACUUAACAACCUGGGACACAUGUGUGGACUUUUCUUCAGGCCAGCUGCAGCCCUUGCUUCUGAUUCAAUCUGUACACAGUUGUGGAUCGGUCAUGUCCACCCAAAACUCUUUCACUGAGAGCAUGGAGCUCCAUUGGAGUGACAGGAAAAUCAAUCAAAGCUUUGAAUAUCAGAAUAACAGACCAAUGAGACCAGACAGCAUCGGGAUUGCUGCCACUUUCUCCAAUGUUUUCCAGUCCUCUUGUGAAAGGCAGGACAUUUUUGGGAAGAUCCAAACUGAUUAUCGUGACCAGCUGCAUCACUAUCUGAAAUUGGCCCUCUGCAACAUGUCAAAUUCAAUCAAACUGUCAGGAAAGCACCAGCGGAAUAAAGGAGAAAUUGUUCUCUCAUCCCAAACCCGAGUCAGUCUUUCCAGUGAUGAAAAGCAUGACAUGAUGUUGGCAAUGUCUCUGAGAAAUAAUGGACAGGCAAAUGUAAAGAACUACUCUCUUGACAUGGAGUGGAGAGCUUCAGAAGUCAGUCACCUAGGCCUGCUGGGGACGUACACUGCCUCAGCCAUCAAGAGGAGAAUGGCUUUGGAGGCAAAGAUUGAUAGCAAAGAGAAAAUUAAACUUGCCAGCACACGCGAGAGAGGAUGUCAGCGUUUUUACACUGGAUAUACUUCUGGUGGACCUGAUGAGGAGGGAGUGGCAUUCGCUCUUUGCUCCAGUGGAAGAGGCAGUGCAAAAGCAGAACUGUAUCAGACACUGAAUGAGACGAAGAAGGGAGAACUGGGCCACCUUGCGGUUGCAGUUGUCAACAAGACAAUGCAGAAUGUGCUGAGGGUAACAGCACAAGGCUGUGGUCACCUCAUUACCAGGACAGAGGCCAAGUUUUCAGAAAUAAUUUUGCAGUUUAAGAACCACUUGCUGAAAAAGCUCAAAGAUUUUGAUCUACGUGUUUGGAAAUUCAGGAAAAAUGUUGAAGGUGUUGAGCUCCUACAUGAGACAUGUGGUUGGUUGUUAAAGGUUUCACAGAAGACAGCAGACGUGAUCAGGAAUGGCGGUAAACCAUUCCGUCAGUUCUGGAAGCUGAGCAGAGCCAGGCAGAUGUUGCUGCAUGCUGUCCCAUUGUACCUAGCAAAGCUUGAAGAAAUGUUGCAACAGUUACAAGGAGAACUCCAAAAACCGGUGGCCACAUUAAAGGGUGCUUACUAUGAUGUCACACUGAAGGAACUAGAUCAAGAAUGGAAACAGAAGACUGAGGAGUAUCUGGAAAAGAUUCAAUCUUUUAUACCCACCAUUGUUCAGGAUACAUGGCUGCUACGUUCAGUGCCGAAAGUGCUCCAUAUUACCAAGCAAGUAUUUGAUUUGGCAGUGCAACAAAUAGUGAUGUGGGCAGAGACAAGAAUCUCCAAAGCCACGAGUAAGAUCCAUAAGCCACUUGCCAAUCUCUACAAAUACUCACCCGAAGAUUGCUCUGUCGUGGUGAAUGUGCCAUUGUUGCCAAUGGGGAAUCAGUUGCUUGACGUGGCUAAGAUUACCAACUACCUUGUUGAAACCAAACUAAUAAAGACGCUGAGGAGUCUGUACAAUAUAAACCCAGUUGCCGAAUAUUACAGAUUAAAGCACAGGAUGCUGGACAGCCCCUUUGAACACCAAGCCCUACUUAUUGGAAGCAAGCACUACGUGACGUUUGAUGGGAAGAUCUAUGAUUUUGCCAGCCAGUGUAGUUUUCUUUUAGCCAAAGAUUUCCAAAGGAACACCUUCACAAUGUUACUGAAUCAUGAGAGUGAUGGCAAGAGGUCUAUCCGUGUGGAAAUGAAUCACACUGUCAUUGAUAUAUACCCAGGAAUAAAGGUUGAAGAGAAUUGCAAAGUCAUUGAACUUCCCCUGAUGAAAAAUGGAGUUACAGUCAGUAAGGACCUCAAUGAAGUCAAAGUGUCAAAUCAAAAUGGAGUGACAGUAUCAUGUGAUAUGCAACAUGAUGUCUGCAGUCUGACUCUUCCUGGGUGGUACCAUGGCUUAUCAGCUGGUCUGUUUGGAACAAAUGAUAAUGAAGCUGGGAAUGAGUUCACACUGCCCAAUCACUGUCAGACUGAGAAUGUGGAAGAGUUUGCACACAAGUGGCAGAUUGAUGUAUCCUGCCGUACCACAGGCAAGAAGGUCAAACUAUGCUUUGGCAGUGCUUUUCAGUACAUCUGCAAAAUAUUUUUCAAAGGUCUCUACUCACCGCUGAGAAAUUGUUUCAGAGUGGUGGAUCCAAUUCCAUUCUAUGACAUGUGCCUGAGUGAUAUGUGUGAAUCCUCGGACCUGCAGCCAGGCUGUAACCUCGCAGCUGCCUUUGUCCACUUAUGCAACAGGAAUUUCGUCCCUCUGGAAAUUCCGUCACAAUGUGAGGCUGACAAGGACAGUGACACCAUGCAGAAUGAUGACGUGGUAGAUACUACACAAAGACUAACACUGAAACCAGCUGAUGUCCUCUUUAUUAUUGAGGAAAGAGACUGUAAUAAGCCCAUUGUCAUGAAACUUCCUUCACUUAUUAACUCAUUAGUUGGAACCUUCAAAAAGCAAGGAAUCAUGGAUGUGAAAUUCGGUUUCAUUGGCUUUGGCGAUGAAGGAGUUCAUGAGCAGCACCUCCUCGCUGUAAAGAGAGAUAACUCAUCUUCAUGGCACUUGGAAAAGGAGCUGGGUAACCUGUUGUUCACCCGCAAUGUCUCUCACAAUGUGCCAGCUGCUAUAACUCUGGUAACACAGUGGCCUUUCCGUGUUGAAGCGAUUAAGAGUGCAGUUCUACUGACUUGCUCCAGAUGUCAUCAAAACUAUGAGUUGUCCGAAGAUACUUUGCAUACCUUGCUGACAUCCUCAGGAAUCACAUUGCACGUGUUAAAGGACAUAAAGUUCCAGCUGAAGAGUGGAGACAGCAAUGCCAGUGUUGUUGGCCUGGAUGAUAGCAGUGUCUUUACAGUCAACAGUAGUGGCUACAGUGGAAGCCGACUGUUUAAAACAUCUCACCAUCACAUUGCACUGCCUGCUGAGGAUAUGUGUCUAGCUGCAGCGAUCAAAUCAGGAGGUGCAAUAUUUGAUUCUUCAAAGUUCAUCUCGCAAAAUGAAAAUUUCCUUCGGUUAUUUAGCCACCAGGUCACCAGGAGGCAUAAGACCAGCAAGUGUGAGAUUUGCCAACCCACCACAGGUUGAAAUGGCUUCACAUUUGAUAUCUGAGUUGACUGCCUUUAGCAAAGAGAAUGUCUGAUAAGUAUAGUGCGAGGAGCACAUAAUGACAAAUGUAUUCUACAGACUGUAACACCCAUGGAAUUAAAGGCUUUUUUUCACAUUCACAACAUUAUUGCAGGCCACAUCACGACCCAUUACUCUAAGAUAAAAAUUAUUGCGAAUGAAUGAACGAAACAAUGGGCAUAUCAGCCAGUGUCUUGUUCAUACUGUCAGCCCAAUGCUGGAAUUAUUUUCCUAGCACAGCAGUGGGGAGGAUAUUUUUAAAACUCCCUAAAUCAUUGUUGAUCUCUGUACAAAAUAUCCUUGAAGGUUCACCAGAAAUAAUUAAUGUGGAUGAAGAGUGGAAGCUAAGCAUGACAGAUAAGAUGUGCUUCAGAAACACAGGCUUGCAAACUCAUGGUCUGACAUUUCAGCUGAACAAAGCUGAAAGGUGAUUUGUGCUGUUUAGCGUAACUGUGCUGCAUAGAUAACUGUGUCAGGGCACCUGCCAUCCAUGCAACUUAAUAUGGGUUGUCAGGAGACGUUUGAUUUCUUCAUUUUCAACUUACUGAAUUUUCUGAAUCAUUCUGUAGCUAUUGAUUCUGUAGCAGAUCCAGAGGCUUGGAUUCUGCUGAAGAGGCAUAGAACAGCAGUAUUUAUUUUAUAAUGGGUGACAGAACACAUUUGAUGAGUUCAACGUGGGAUAAACGCGGGCAGAUUGAGGUUUUGCUAGUUUGCUUUGCAAAUCUUGAAAUCAAAAUCUUUUUCAACACAUUUUACAGACUCCAGGGUCCACAUUAAUUGCUGAUCAUUGCAUUGUGCUGUGAUAAUUUGUAAGGCCUGUUGAGUUUACUCUUGUUUGCAUUGGACAUCAAAAACUGGUUGGAUUACACAACAAGGUGAAGAGAAUCAGUCACUUUAAAGAACAGAGUUUCUAUCACAUUCAUUGGCAGGUAUGAUCGGUAGCAGAGAAUCAUUAUGGUUAACAGGGCAGUGAAAAUUAUAUCUACUGCUCCUUCUACACAAGCCACAAACUUUAGCAGGCAUCUUCAUUAGUCCAAUUAGAUAAAUUUAGUUAUGGAAGUAAUAUUUGGAACAUCCAAGAAGACAACGGUCUGUUGAGUAGCAGUAAUAAUUUACCACCGAAUUGUAUAUAUCUCAAUUUUACAUAAAAUUUGUGCCUUUUUAUUUUGUUUAUCAAUUUAAAAUAUAACUACAUUCCCUAUCUCUGAAACACUUUGUACUAAUUAAAUGAAUACUGGAUUUUUGGUAAAUGUAGACUAUCAGUCUCAAUGAGGUAUGAUAUCAGUAAGUGAAACGCAGAUAAUAUUUCCCUUUUAGACGUCGAAUGUCCUGAAAUAUGGCUUUCAGAUUCAUGUUGGCUUGAGGAAUGUAUAAAUAGUAUGACUUGCAGGUUUUCUUUGUUUGUUAAUUGAAUUAUCCAUUUUUGGAAUCUAGAGAAAGCAAUGUUUUGAUUAUAUCUUGUAAUUCUCAGUUUUUCAGUUUUGUUUCGUUGUACUAGUGAAAUUAUUUUAUUCAAAUAUUGUAAUAAUUUCUAGUCAUUAUAAUUCUGCAAUUGGAGGGGACUAAGUCUUGCACAUGUUUUCAAUGUCUUAGUUCUCCCUUACCUCAUCAAUACCAUGCACUUUUAUAUUUGGUUGUGUUUAUGGAUUAAUUUUUAAAAAAUAAUAAAAUUAGGUUAGAAGUU